CGUCAGAAUGUGGACACCAGGGAGCUGCAGAUUGAGACACAGGUGGCCAAGAUGAUGGGCAGAGCCCGUACGAAGGCCCCCGACUCCAGGCUGACGGAGCCGUGUGAGGACGGAGAGGAGGAAGAGAAAACGUACUUGCUCUUCACCACCGGAAGCCUCACGUACUCCCCUCACCAGAUAGGUAUUAAGCGGAUCAAACCGGACCAGAUGACGACGUGUGGUCCAGUUCUGGGCGAGGAGCGGAGCUCAGAGGAGUUCUUUGAUUCCCUGGACCAUGUCAUCGAUAUCCACGGACAUAUCAUUGGGAUGGGCCUCUCUCCAGACCACAGGCAAGACGUCUCACACAGAAAAUAA